AUGAGUGACAGGGAAGAAAGGGAGGAUUACGAAAAAAGCAUACGGGAGCAAAUUGAGACGGGAGAAGUGUCUCCCAUUAGGGAGGAGGAGAUCAGGGAGAGGAAGGAGUAUGAGAGGAACUUUCUGACCUCUCUGAUUCUCUCUGAGGACGAUCUCGAGGCUUCUAGAGCUCAGGAGAGAGAGAGGGCAGUGAGGGAGAUAGUCUCCAAAAGAAAAAGGUCGGAGGAUAGCCCCAAGCAAAGCAAGAAGGCCAAAGACGAAGGAGGAACAGCGGCUCUGAGGGCUGCAGUGUUGCGGCUGGUCAGGAGAAGUAGAGCGCUAGUGGAGCUUGCCAGGGACUCAUCAGGUAUGGAUGCCGAGAUGAAAUCGGCAAUAUUCGAUAUUAGUGAGGUAUCCGAUACCAUAACGAAGGAACUGGGGGAGUACGAGCAGCGGACUGAGAAGGAGGAAAGGGAGCGGGAAAGGGAGAAGGGAGUGUCCGAGAAGGAUCUCGUUAGCUUCGAGAAACUAAAAGGACGGCUGGACCAGGAUUGGCCAGAAGAAUUUUACAGGGCCACCAAGGUUGAAGUUGGCAGCUUAGCUAAGGCUUGUGAUCGAGGGGAUACAGCAAUCCUGGUAGGAUCCCAGGGUAUGGAGGAGAAGUACCUCAAAGUGAAAUCGCCAGAUUCGGUACUGCAAAGAUGUAAGACUUUCAACACAGUAUCCUUAGUAGAAUUCAUCUCUUUAUCACUGGAGGACUUCUACAAAGAAAAAUUGUUGCGUUAUGCUAGCUCCAGGGAUAACGAAUUGUUAAUUUAUGUUACGGAAUUUUGCAAAAAAUCGGUUGAUCUUCGUGUUGUGAAAGUGUCUGAAGAUCAGUUUACAGUUACUUCAGCUGCAGAUGAGACAUUUUCGUACCAGGUCAAUGCAAAGUUGGAAGUGUGUGACUGUCCAGAAGAAGUAUAUAAUACUGGUGUGCAGAUGCACAACGAUUGUAAUAAUUUUUUAGACAAAAUAGAACUUGCUACGUUAACACUUGAAAAUACUAUCAGUAUAGUGCCAAUUUCUUCAAAGAUGGAUAAAGAAAAAGAUAACGAAAUUACUGUGGAUUUUGGCGAACCCAUGAUAUGGGAAACGGAAGAUGGCCUUAAUGAGACGACUCCUGAUGAAGAAAAUAAUUUUUCGGUUGAAGUGAACGAAACUAAAACUGAUGGAUCAGUCGAACUCAAAGAAUUCAAGGACAACUUGAAAAAGAUUAGCAUGCUUCGUGGAAUCUCAUCUUACGCCCUAUUGCCUAUUGUGACGAAAUUCAAUAGGCAGAUGAAGAAAAUGGACAGCGAAGCUUCGUUCUAUGCUCUAUGUUCCUCGUUUACUAGUCAGAAAAAGUCUCACAGAAUUAAUGUUCAACCUACCUCUAUUGCUAGAAGAACAUCUGCUUACAGAGCUGAUAAUACAGAAUCUCUGGCUGAUAAGGUGAAAGUAUAUGAACACGUCAUGAUAGUGAUAGAGUCAUUGAAAGAAUGA